AUGAAUACAUACCGGCACUACGGCGCUGAAGAAUUAGAGGAGGACAAGUCUUUGCCCACCAAUUUGGUGAGGUCGAUGAGCUCGUUGCUCAUUUUGAGGCUCGCACCGCGCAAGCUCGCCCAAACCCUGGACAAGGGCACUUUCCAGGGGGUACUAUUACUGUACCUCAUGGUCGUGGUGGUGGUGUCGCUGGUCGGCCGAAUCUGA